UUAGCGCUAACAUAACAUCCAUGUGGAAGUGUGUGGUCAAGUUAAACGAAUUUGUUGAGUUGAUUUUCUCGGUUGGUUUGACUGUCUGUGGUUGGAUAUCUGGAUGGCCGAUGACAGCGUGAAAAGUGAAGCUCCAGCCCAGCAGGAAAAUGAGAAUGGAGACAGUCAGAUGAGUCAGAAGACAGAGAGCGGUAAUGGAGACGCUGCAGCACAAAACCAAAAUGUGUCCAAAAGGCAAAGGAAGAAGCUUCUGAAGCAGCAGAAAUGGGAAGAAGAGAGGGAGCUGCGAAAGCAGAGACGGAAGGAGAGAAAGCAGCAGCGUCGCUUACAGAGGGACAAUCAUCAGGAGGAGAAGGGAGGAGAGAUCCUGAAUGUUAGGAAACGUCCAAGGAGAGACGUGACUCCCAGCUCACUGAGGCUGGUGGUGGACUGCAGCUUCGAUAACCUCAUGCUGAUAAAGGAUGUACGGAAGCUUCACAAACAGAUCCAGCGGUGCUAUGCUGAGAACAGACGAGCCUUGCACCCGGUGCAGUUUUAUCUCACUAGCCUGGGAGGACAGCUGAAACAGAGCAUGGAUGAAAAGGACAAAGGAUGGGUAAACUGGAAGGACAUCAACAUUAAAAUGGAGCACUACAGUGAAGUUAUGGUGAAGGAGGAGCUGGUGUACCUUACGUCAGACUCUCCCAACGUGCUGGAAGAGCUAGACCACAAAAAGGCUUAUGUGAUAGGAGGCCUGGUGGACCACAACCAUCAUAAGGGUAUCACCUUUGAGAGGGCGAAGGAGUUGGGGAUUGACCACGCUCAGCUUCCUCUGAGCAGUUUUGUCAAGAUGAACAGUCGGAAAGUUCUGGCAGUCAACCAUGUGUUUGAGAUCAUCCUGGCAUACCUAGAGAGGGGUAGCUGGCAGGAGGCCUUCUUCACAGUUCUACCUCAAAGGAAAGGAGCUGUGGCUGUUGACCAAGACGAAACAACUACUCAGGAAAAAGAAGGGGAGGAUUCAGACUCUGAGUCUGACCCUGACACAUCGGACCAAACUGAGAAAAGAGCCUAAAACUUAGUUCAAAUGGACAACUUCAAAGUUCAGAAGUGUUGUUCUGGGACAGCGUCUGGAUAUGUUGAUGCUGAGGCUGUGUUUAAAGAUAUGUUUCUGUUCACUAAGCAUCUGUUUCUUUGAAAUUUAAGGGGUUUUUUUAACAGCUAUUUAUUAAAAAUUUUACUUUGUGCCUCCUGUGAUUGGGUAUAACUUGUUGAAUAGCUAAUGGAGGUUUCAGUUUUGCUACAAUUUUUGGCAGAAUGUACAGCUGUUGUUACAGAAAAUAAUUUAUACUUUUUAUUUUAAUAAUUUUCAUUCUUUUUUUUGUUAAUAUCAACGCUAAAGCUGUAACUGUUGCUUAAUGGAUUCAUUUAGAAUAAAGAUAAAAAAUGAAGGAUAAUGUCAACAGA